AUGCCAGGCAAACCUUCUCUGGAUGGCAUCACUGCGUGGCUGUUCUCCAGCUGCCCCACCCCGGAGGUGGCUGCAUCUCAGAAUGAGGUGGACCAUCCCCGUGCAGCGUCCUCGGUGGUUUUCUCCCAGCUGCCCUGCCCCAGAGGUGGCCGCCUCUUACCCUCUUUCCCCCCAUCUGCCUAUCAUGUGAACCUCAGAGAGCACCAGCUGUUCAACCCCUCCCCGAGCCGGGUCUCAUCCCCUGCACGCCAGAUCCUCAUCCACCCCGAUUACAACAGGGGGACCUGUGCAGCCGACAUCGCCCUAGUGCAGCUGGUGGAGCCAACACUGCAGGAGGUUCAGGUCCAGUUGAUCGACACUGCAGACUGCAACGCCCUCUGCAACAUUGACCCGGCCCCGAACAUUGGCAGGGACCCCGUCAAACCCGCCAUGAUCUGUGCCGGCUACGCCGAAGGGCAGAGGGACUCCUGCCAGGGUGACUCUGGGGGACCGCUGGCCUGUGACCACAAUGGGACCUGGUUCCUGAUGAGGGUUGUGAGUUGGAGGGACGGCUGUGGCCAGCCCAAUCGUCCCAGUGUCUAUGUCCAGACAGUGGCCUACGGUGAAUGGAUAUGGGGGCACGUAGUGUCCGGAGGCCAAGCCACAUCCAUGGAGAACAGCACCUCUGGAGUAAAUGAUGCCAGAUCCUCCUUCAGCACCUACAUGCUUCUCUUCACCACUCUCCUGAUGUCACUGUGACCCCCACUUCAAUUGGGAUGCCCCCCCAUCUCUCCCUCCUCUGUUGACCCAGCACUUAAAACCUCCACCAUCUGGGGGCAGUGUGAGGUGGAGAUGGGAGAGGAUCUGAGACCUAUCAGCAAUGCCUGAGUCUUCAAAGAGCCUGACCCUGUUGCAAUGAGAAGGGAGGGCUGCUCUGAGUGUGACUGAGAUCAACAUUGCCUGAGUCUGCAGAGAGCCUAAGCUGAUGCUUGGAGAGGUGUGAACUUCCCAGAAUGUGACCCAAACAGCAACACUUGCUGCAUCUCCAGAGAGCCUGGGCUGAUUUCACAGAGAGGGGUGAACUGGCACAAGUGUAACUGGUGCAGCAAUGCUGCCUGAGUCUGCAGAGAGCCUGAACUAAUCACUUGGAGAGAAGGGGCACUGCUCCGAGCACCUCUAGGGGGCAGCGCUGGGGCAUGCAGACCAGGAAUGUUUGGGAUUGGCUUGCUGGGAGACGGGCGGUCUAGGUGGGGCUAGGUUUAUAGGUAGCCCCUCCUACAGCUCCACAGUGGCUCCUAUGUGUGACUGCAUAUAUGGACGCUGCACCCCCAUCAUAUGUGGUCAAAAAUAAAAUAUUUUUGCAUCAAACUCUGCUCCUGGAUUCCUGGCUGGGUUCAAUGGGCCCUUGAGGAACGCCAGUUGUGUCUGCGAGAGCUGCAGCCUCAGACAAUCCCUACUCCAUCUGUUCCAAUGGGGGACUCAUCAAUGUCACAACCCUUCUAGCCUCAGCUUCCACAGCUACAUUUUCAGAUUUGGGGGGCUGCCAAGAUGAAAUCCUGCCCUGCCCCCUGAUGUGCCCUCAGAUGGUCCUUUGGGUAGCUUUGGGGUUAGCCCUAGGACCCCACUCUGUCCUACACACCACUUUAAUUACGCAGCUCAGUCUGUGGAGAGUCCUCUCCCACCCAAGGUUUAUCCAGCUUUGGGCUCUCACCCUUCCUUCCCCUAGGAUUGUGGGACUUGAGCAGGCCCUGCCUCUAAGUUUCCCCAUAUGACCUUACAGGGAACCAGAGAGCUGUGGGGCUGGAAGGGACCUCGAGAGGUCACCUAGUCCUGCCUCUCGUGCAGAAGCAGGACCAUGUAAAUCUGGAUGAGCCCUGGCAGGGG